GACCAGCAGGCGCACCGGCAGUCCCGUCUCUGCUGACUCAGUGCCUUACCAGCAGUCACUUCGCCCCGCGAUACCGCAUCCAGCAGCCGACGCAGCCUCCUCCGCCCAACCGACCCCGGCACCACCACCAACCACCACCCACCACCACCGAAGAAAUGGCUAAGACCGCAAUUGCAUACAAAGAGAAGAUGAAGGAGAUCUCCGUUCUCUCAUUCAUCUGCUCUUGUCUGUAUCCGGAGACCCACAAAAACAUCAUGGGCGACUUCGAAGACAUGGACAUCAAGCCGAUUAACAAGCGAGCCUCAGGCCAGGCCUUCGAGGUCAUCCUGAAGCCGACCUCCCCCGUGUCUGAUGCUGCGCACUGCGUCACCACCCCCCCAAAGAGGGACGUUUCCCUGGAGGACAUCCAGAAGAAACUGGAGGCAGCUGAGGAACGGAGGAGAUCCCAGGAGGCACAGGUACUCCGGGCCCUGGCCGAGAAGCGCGACCACGAGCGUGACGUGCUGCUGAAGGCCAUGGAGGAGAACAGCGCCUUCAGCCGCAUGGCCGAGGAGAAGCUCCAGGUGAAGAUGGAGCACAUCGAGGAGAACCGGCAGGCUUACCUGGCGGCCAUAAUGGAGCGCCUGCAGGAGAGGGAGAGGCACGCUCAGGAGGUGCGCCGGAACAAGGAGUUGAGAGAAGAAGUGACAGCGUGAGAAGCCCCAACAGGAUCUACAUCCCACCUCCAACCCUCCCCCCCCCCUCCCCCCGACCCUAACCCUAACCCCAACCCCAACCACCACCCCCCGACCCUGAGGAACAACCCCGUUUUUUUCCCCACCUUAAUUCCCACAUGUCCCCACCUUGUCCGCCAUACUCCCCCCAUACUACUAUGGAAACUACCACAGCCCGAGACGCCACCCCGAGACCCAGUGGGAGGAUCAAAAUGGGGGUUGGGGGAGGGAAAAAAAACAGCAAACCACCAUUUAGGCUAAAAAAGGAAAAUUAAUGUCUCCCACCCACUCUUCCCAAAAAAAAAGAAUAUUUUAGCCCCGUUUCAAUUGAGAUGAAAAAAAUCAAAUUGAGAAGUGACAGUGGGUAUUGGUUUUUGUAAAUACUUCUUUUUUUGUUAUAUACAGUACGAUACAAGCAGCAAGUAUUGCAGUGUGCCAUUUUUUUCUAUAUAGGUUUCCUCUCUCCUGCUUGAAUAUGGAUGUAAUUAUUUGUUCAUUGUAGGCUUUUGUUUGGUUCAUUUCAGCCCGAGAAUCGCCUCGGGCGUAGGUGUUUGUCGUGAGUUUGCCAGCUAGCCGAUGUUUGCCGCGACCCGCUUUGCGUCCUUGCGAGGCCCCGACCCCCCCACACACCCACACCACCCCCCAUCCGGCUGUUAUCCCUCGUCCCAUUGAAUGGGCCCUGGCUCGUUCGACCCGUCAGAUCUGGAAAACAGAAUUGGAUCUGUGUUUGGUUGGAGUGAUUUUCCAACCGGUUUCAUGCCAAUUAGCGAGGGACAUGGGCGGGAGGGCCACCGGAAGGAACGCGGGGAGGGGGGGGGGGGCGGUUUGCUUUGUCUGGGGACCGCAGGUAGUCGCUGCACAUCUACUCCUGUGAGGUAGAUGGUGAUUGUACCACAGGAGAACACUAUAGCAUUUAAUGAGCCCAUCCUCUUCCCCCCUCCCCUCCGUCUGCAACCUCCUCAUCUCUCCACAUGAGUUCAUACUGUAGAAGCACUCACUCACACGCUCUCCACAUGGGCGGGCCUUUAGCCAAUCACAGCACGGAGCUCAAGAGGAGCUCGCUCGAUUGUCCAUCAACCCGCGGGCCUCUUAUAUUCUUCAGAAACAAGCAUACAAUCACAAGUUACUGUAUUUACUAUACAACACUACUGAGGUUAGACGCGUUACCGCGAACCGGAGAAAUUACAAAUUUAUUGCCGCUUUCUCCAUUUCAUAGAGGCUAGAAUAGAGUAGUGGCCGAAACGCCAUCAGCUCCUGCUGUAAUCAUCGCACUUCACUCCAAGACACUGUCAACGCCACCGAAAGGUCGGCACAAGAAAGAUACUUAAGCCAUAACAGGUGUAGCUGCAACCAUGAUGGAAAACAAAGUAUUGCCGUCUGUAAAGGUGUUCAGGAGUGUAUUAAAGGAAUGUCGGUCACACUCGCACGGCGGGCCAACAGAUGUGUGUGAGUGUGGGUGUGUUUUGCGGAAAUGGCAGGUAGAUAACAGAGUGUUUGUGCCAUGUGAUAUUGACCCGGUGAUGUAAAAUCGAUGCCAUUGCAGUGUGAAACAACAUCACAGACGGACGAUCCUACCUGCCUCUCUCUUUCUCUCCUCUGUCCAUUUGUGUGUAUCCCUCCUCUCCACGUAUAUCUUUGUGAGCAAGCAGUGGUUAAUAAAGAUUUGGGGUUCAGUGAAUGAAA